GUCUAUAGAUCCUCCUAAAUAUUACACACUGGACCUUUAAACACACUAGAUACAAAGUGUUAAUUACUAUUAGCUUCUCGGCAAGAAAGCGAAUAAGACUACUCCAAACAUGUAAAACUAUUAGAAAUCAUUAUACCUGUUCAAAGCUGUUAAAGGCAGUUCAUAACUGAAGCUGACGCUAGGACCCAGCAGAGAAGCAGCCUGACUCAAGCUCCCGACCAGCGGACCUGUAAAGUAGCGACUGUAUCUGUCAGCAGUGGCUUCACACGCCUGCACACCAUAGCUUCACACACUCACUCACUCACACACUCACUCAUGGGCCUGCAAUAAACUUCAGCAGUUCUCACCGGGACAGCAUCACCAGCGGAAUGGACACAAAAGCCACCAAAUCGAUGGAUGUGUUGGUGAGUGAGCUGGGCGUCCUGCUGAAGAUGCUGGACCAGGAGAACCUCAGCUCUUCCACGCAGGAGAAGAAGACCUCCGUGUGGAACCUCCUGCAGCAGAUACAGCCAUCAGGAACGGACUACAUCUACAUGAACUCAUCAGUGUACAGAAAUGGCACCAGCUUUGUAGAGUCCCUCUUUGAGACAUUUGACUGUGAGCUUGGGGACCUGAAGGAUGUCACAGAUGAUCUGAAAGAAGACAAGAACACACAAAAUGACACUCUAAAACAGGAGAACUGUGCAGACUCCCCUGCCCCGCACUCAGCUGACUCUCCACCCCCUCUGCCCACAACGCCUCCUCCUGAGGACUACUAUGAGGAGGCAGUGCCACUCAGUCCGGGCAUGAUGCCCGAAUAUAUCAUUACACGAGGUCAGCGUCUUCCUACCUCUGAUGAACUCAGUGCCCUUAAUGUCAUUUUGCUCCAAAAACCUCUAAUCAGGCCUAGUCCCCCCAACUCUAUAGAGGAUGGGUAUGAAGAUGCUGAAAACAACUACCCAACUACCUGCAUAAACUCACGCCGCAAAAACUCAUACAACGACUCUGACGCUCUGAGCAGUUCCUAUGAGUCCUACGAGGAGGAUGAAGAAGAGAGGAGCCCCAGCGUCCAACUCACUCAUCAGUGGCCCUCGGAUGAGAGCUCCAUGCCUCCUGCCAGGGACUGUCGCAUCUGUGCCUUCCUGCUACGCAAGAAGCGAUUCGGCCAGUGGGCGAAACAGCUCACUGUCAUACGGGAGAACAGACUACAGUGCUAUAAGAGUUCUAAGGACACAUGCCCCUAUGUUGACCUGCUGCUGCCCCAGUGCACUGCGGUCUACGCACCCAAAGACAGCAAGAGGAAGCACCAUGAACUCCGGUUCACCUUACCCAAUGGAGAUACACUGGUGCUGGCUGUACAAAGCAAGGAGCAGGCCCACAGAUGGCUUAGAGUUGUUAGAGAGGUGAGCGGUCAGAGCGCAGGGCCUGAGGAAUCUGCGUCUCCCGUCCUUCCAAGAAAACCUGAAGUUGAUAAGAGGUUAUCUGCAGAGAGGAACACGUCAGAUUCAGACAGUGUGGGUGUGUCAACUGCAGAGAACUGCAGAGAGAACGGCAAGGUGAAACGGGGUGCUUUCGCUGCAGGCCGUAAAAUCACACGUAUCAUCAGCUUCUCCAAGAAGAAGCCCCCUCGGCCAGAAGAUCCCAGGACAUCCUACAGCGACCCUCGACAAGGCUACCUGUCGUUGUUGGUGAAUCAGGUGUGGCGGGAACAGUGGUGCUGUGUGUGCAGAGGCUCCCUGCACUUCUACCACGACAAAGGAGACCCUCGGACCUCCCUGCCUUCACUUCCUCUGCACGGCUGUGAGGUGGUCCCGGGGCUGGGACCAAAACAUCCCUUUGCCUUCCGAAUCCUACGGAACAGCACAGAGGUGGCAGCUCUGGAGGCUAGCAGCUCUGAGGAACUUGGAAGGUGGCUCGGAGUCCUCUUGGCAGAGACAGGCUCCGCGACAGAUCCAGAGUCACUGCAUUACGACUAUGUUGACGUGGAAACCAUCGCAAACAUCCGCGACGCUGCUCGGCAUUCCUUCCUGUGGGUCACAUCCUCCAGCAGUACCUCCACAGACUCCAGAACAUAUGAUGAGGUCCCCAAUGAGGACAUGCAGUCAGAGGAGAACCGCAGACAGCAGUCUGGGAAUCAGGGCAAGCGGCGCUCAAGUUUCUCCAGCAGCGACUCUGACAGAACCAAGCCUUUAGUCUCCCUAAAACGAACAGGUUCAAACGCCAACCAAUAUGGAAAGUAUGGGAAAACGCGAGCUGAAGAGGACGCCAAGCGUUACCUGAAAGAGAAAGAGGAGCUGGAAAGAGAGAGGGAUGGGAUACGAAAUGCACUAGUGACCCUCCGACAGGAGAAGAAAUUGCUGAAGGAAGAGCUGAAGACUGCCUCUGAGAGGAGGAAAUCCUCCCUGAACAAGCGUGUGUCCCAGCUGGAGGACGCCUGUCGAGGUAAAGAGGCGGAGAGGGUGGACUUGGAGCUCCGGCUGACUCAGGUCCAAGAAAACCUCAAGAAGAGCCUGGCUGGCGGAGCACUGGGUGCACCUGUUGAGACUAAACCCCCUGUUAAGGGCUCCAGCAAAAAGACACAGAAUAUCUACUGUGAGUCUUUACCAGUGAACUGUGCCUUAGAGAUGCGUAGGAGACCUCCAUCUGUUUAUGCUUCUUCUGCAGGAACUGUCAUGCAGAAGGCAAAGGAAUGGGAGUCAAAGAAAGGAACCUAAGAGCAGUGCCAUGGACAGGACUGGAGAUAGAAUGUAUGGAUGUCAGGAUCCGACUAUCGUGACAUUCAGUCCUACUAAGGAUAACCUUCCAUCUGCAACCCAAAGCACAGCCUUGCUUCAUUUUGGAUUAGAGGAAAUAAACUGUUAUGAAAGAACAUUGCCACUAGGUGGAGGUACAUCUCACUGAAUAUUUACUUUUCUGCCUUCCUAAAAGGACUACUCCAUAUGUGAGGAAUCCAACAACUGCUCACUCUCUGUAUCCAAGUAUUUUUUAUUGUCUUUGGUGACACAGAUUCAAAUGUGGUAAACGGAAAACAGAGAGAGCAGAGUUUAUGAAAGAAAAGACGCAAGAAAAAGUGUACUGGAAAGCACAACAAGUGUUGUAAUGGAAAGGCAACGCAGGAUUGCAUUCUCAUCCGGUGUUGCAUAUGGUGGAAUGUUUGAUUGCUAAGGUGUCAUGUGAGAAAUGGGAUGUGUUUGAAAAAUAGGAUGGAGGCAGUUCAAGCCGUGAUGUUACUUUUAUAAAAUAUAAUGGUGUUUUAUUCUGCCUGUACAGAGUGAGCCAUGACUACUGUUUUGUUCUGUUUUAUACUUUUAUACCAUUCAAUGAUUCAUUUCUCAAUAUCGCCACAAGACGUGCCUAAUUUACUUGCUAUGUGCCAUGGAGUGUAUUAUCAUUUAUUGACUGCACUUAUUAGCUUCUCCUCUGAGGUUGAAGUUGUGCUAUCUGGCAUCUGCUGAAUCAUUUGGUUGGAUCCUACAUCCACUUGACCCUCUUUGGCACGCAUGCAAAUAAAGUAGUUAACUAGUCCUGCUAGAGAGAACUGAACGAGUGACAAGGUGGUGCUAUUCAGUGAUACAAACCAAUCUCUUUCUGAGUGGGGGAAAUCUCCACUAUAUGUCAUUUUAACAACUGUUCUGCUGAACCUGUGGUUGACUUUUGCACUUUACUGUUCUCCUACCUGGAUAAGGGAAUAAUAAAUGUGUGUCUUAUUCUCAAACAUUUAAUCAUUUGUUACAAUGCAGACACUGAAUUUAUUCCUCAUUAAAAUGAAUUCUCAGUAA